GUGCACUUUUACAGAAAUAUUGAUUCAAAUCCACUUGGACCUACUUUGCCAUCCGACUUCUUCGCUGGCUUUAAUCAGAUGGAUCUUCUGUAAGUUAGUAGCUCUAGAAAAUUCUCCAAUGAUUUCGAAACUUGUAACAAAAACGCCGUGUGCGAACGUGAUCAGUCACGUGCAUGCUUGACUACUCUCUCACUAUUCCUUUUAGAUAACGUCCCUUGUUUUACAUAGUUUUUUCCCAGCUUUUAGCUCCCGGAUGUUGUUUAUUUAGCCAACUGAUUUGUGCUCCUUUGGGUCGAUUCGGCUUUUUCUUUUUCGACAAAGUGGCCAUACCAAUAACUACGCCUGAAAUUCAAUGAUUAUUCGUUUUAAAGUGUCUGCUAUCACCAGACAUGUUUCGUACGAGUUACAAUCAAUUUGAUAAAGCUGGAUCAACAUAGAAAGUUACGUUAUUUUCUUGCGGGUUCAAUUUUACAAAGAGUGACAACAACAAACUUUAGAUGAAAUACAUGUUUUUCACCUCUUUAGAGGUUGGCUGCCAUCCUGUACACAAAGUUGUUUUAAACUACCAGUUCAAUAAAUUCUAAAAACUCGAAGUUCCCCCUCGCGAUCCAGCUCUUUCAAUAAAACUCUUGACUAUUGAGAUAUGACUUAGGAAUGUUGUUUGUACUUUGGCUGAAAAAAAAAACAAAAAAACAAAAAAACAAAAAAACAAAAAAACAAAAAAACAAAAAAACAAAAAAACAAAAAAACAAAAAAACAAAAAAAACAAAAAAAGCAUUGGAAGUGACAGAGAAUUCAUUAGUGAUAGACUUGUCUCAUAAAUCCACUGUCAGAACUUUCCAUACUUACAUUGUUUGGCAGUUUCCCCUACUCUUUCCUUCACUUCAAACUAUUUCUCGACUUUUUUUUCACAGUACCAUGAGUGGGUGCCACCUUGAAGAUAUCGAAAAUGGAACAUUUAAAGCCAUGCAAAAUCUUACAGAACUGUGAGUAAAUUGUUCUUAGAUAUUAUUAUUGAUUUUUCAGAUGUCCAAGCGAUCGUCUGUGCGCGAUAUGCAUCGUGAGAAAAGCGGUCUUAAAGUUAUAUGUACACAAUUAGCUAGAUCAAGAAGUUGUGUGUUAUGUUCUGUUAUGCAAACACUUUUCUUGACGUUUGACUUAGGCAGUCUUAGCAGGUUUAUUUUGCCGAAACUUUUCUAAUCCCGACCAUCCGCAAGUCAUUAUACAUUUGUCCGUUUUUAGUGAUCUGUCCUUCAAUAAGCUGAAUCAUAUACACAAGGGCACGGUGGAAGGACUUACGGAUCAGCUCACAAAUCUGUAAGUAAAUCGUCGUUAAGGAACACCGUUCUUUGCAUAAUAAUAACAACUUACUAAAAAGAACUUUUCAAGAGACCUCGAUCGUUUCUAUGGACAGUGGUCUAAACCACGGAUAGCACUUCUGGUACCCGCCUCAUUUAUUUCACAUUUGAAUAGAUAGGCUGAUUGACUUUCAUAUGCAUCUAUGCAAAGCAGAAGCAAUACGACCCUUCUUCCCCCCUUCCCCCUCGCCUCCACAGAAAAAAAAAAGAGCAAAAAAAGAAUGAUUUUGACUCUCCUAACAACUGAUAGGUUCCUUCACGGAAACGAAUUAGAGACCAUAGGUGAUGGAACGUUUAAACAGUUUAAAGUUCUCGAUAGCUGGUAAGUGAGACACCAAGUGCAAGAUAAACAGAUACUGUAGACCUGAAAUACUUAUAUCUAUACCAAGAGGAUAUGAACAAUUUUUUUGUUUACGGCCAUGUGGCGCUAAAGGCAUCUCGCCCGAAGUCAUGUUGCCCUAAAUCCUGAGUCAUGUCGCCCAAUUUUUUUCAAUCACAAGUAAAAACAUCAACAUGACAUAUAUUGCUUUGUUCGACGCUUGAUCGGGAGUAGCACUAAAUAGUCGUAAAUUCCCAAUCAAACGUAGAAGAUUAAAUAAUGUAUGACAGGAAAAAGAGGAAGGAAAAUAAGAUACUGAAGAAAUGAAACAUUUUUCUGAUUCGACAUGACAGCUUGAAGUGGGUUAAGUUUCAACGUAUUGCGGUAAAGAUGUCAUGCAUUAAAAACAUCCGGAAAUCUGCAAUUUAAAAGUUAUCUUUGAGUUUGCACUGAAAACGUUUUGCCAUGUUUUAUAUACUAUAUCCUGUAGCUCCUUGUUUGUGGACCAUAUAUGAUCGAGGCCCUGAGAAGGACAUUGCUUAUUGCUAAGAAAAACACGAUAGCGUACUGUUCAUUUGCUUUUUUUUCUGUUGUUGUUUGUACGAUUUCUACAGCAUUCUUGGAGAGAACAGGCUAACAUCUGUACCAGAUUUGAAAGGUCCUAAGGUUAUUGGACAUCUGUAAGUAUGGUGCGCCGAUCAAUUCUUAGCUUCAAAAUUGCCCCCCUUCCUUCCCUCUUGGCAAUCCACGGUCAUUUGACCGUUGCCAGUGCCCAAUGGGGUUGGGAAACCUUGCCUUGCUGGGGUGGGCAAUUUGAACCGGAAGUGUUGAGUCUUUCAUGUGGAAGACAAGUGUUCAAUCUUUAAAAUAUGGAGGUGCACGUCUUGGGCAAAUAGUUCACUUUUGCGAGGAAUUGCUUAGAAGAAAAGAUCUACGAAGUGUAGGCUUUAAAGAUUGGUCAAUAUGUAGAAAGUCUUGGUUGCUGUGCAAAAAAAAGGAAAAAAAAUAAGUGGGGCAUUUGAACAUAACUUUUGCUCCGGGAGCGGGAAUUUGAACGAACCAAUCUUCAAAAGUUCAAAACCCGGGGGUGCCUGGGGAGGAUGUUGAAGCUUCGAUCGAUUGACGCAUAACCUUGUAAUACGUACUCUUCUUAAAUUGCAAUAACUGUUAUGGUUUAAUAAGAUAACAAAUGAUAACACAGCCUUCAGAGAUUAUAAAAUGGUUUAUAAUAUCUGAACACCAUCUAACGACAACUGGUAAAGAUGGUUAUUGUAACAUUUCCUUCUAUUGUUGGAAAGAACUACUCCGUGUUUUUUGUUUCUACAUUUUCGUGACUUUAAUCAUCCUUGCAUGAUCAAAUUCCAUUUAUUUGGAGACAGUAAGUCUUCUCAAAAGCUUACCACAGGGUGCCACAAAUUGAGACUGGGUUCAGUUCAAGGUGAGCGUCGAUUCAGAAGAUCUUCAACAGUACGCAAUAUAACGUGUUCAAAUGAUUCUAAUUGAAAGACUUCGCUCAAGUAUCAAAGGUAGCACAAGGAAGAAAAUUCCAAUAAGUUUUCACAAUUUUUUUAAAGUUGUUGUUGUGCUUUUUGCAGACAAUUAAAUAAGAAUCGGAUCAAAGAUAUAUCAAGAAUUGAAACAUCUGGAAUUAAACACCUCUUUGAGCUGUAAGUAUACAAGUGACUUUCUGUGAGUAGACGUUUCCAUUUUGUUUCAUGCAGUAAAUUCUUGUGAUCAGAUUCAUUGGUGCGAGCGUGAUCCAUAUUCCCAGUCCGUGCCGAUGCCAUGCCUGUCUGCAUUGCAGCGUAGUAGAUCGAAUUUCCCCUUACAGAAAAUUCAAACGAGCGCCAUGAAUAUCUUACAAAACAAAUUGGUUCAAACGUCAGCUACGACAUAAAGCACGCACAAAGAUCGGUCAGCAACCAAGAACCUACAGUUGACACCGAGCUUUUUCCGUGCAUUCAAUAUUUCAUGCAUGCUUCAUAUUAUUAUGAAUGCACGCUGGUACAAGAAACAAUGGUAAAAUAUUUAAGAAAGCGACUUAAUUUUCUCUAUAGUAAUAAGGUUUACCUUUCCUCAAAUUUAAGUGCCGUAAUCAUAUUCUUUCUUACGUUUUAGAACAUCAUUUUGGACUUUUGACAUCGAGUAGUUUUCGGAGAUAAAGUUAGCGAUGAUUCUUCGAAAGCAAUUACGUUAAUAAAAAGUAAAAGAUGCAAAAUUCAGGUUUUCAAAAGAUCAAGAGCGCAAUUUGGAGUAGAUGAGUGGGCAGUUUUCAGGCUUUAUUCCUAAUAAUAUACACGAAGAAAUUACUUAGUUCUGAUUGGUUAAGAUAAAUGCAGUUUUCAGGUAUUUCAGUGCAGAAGAGGGUUAAUUCAGUGCAGAGAAGUAUAACAAACCAGACAUUCUGAUUGGUCAAUAAACAAAGAAAAUCAUAGACAGCCAAUCAAGUGCGAGCCUUAGAUUUCGCAACUUUUGGAUACGCUGAACAUUUGCGAGCAAAACAAUGGUCGGCAUUUCAAUUAGGUUUUCUUUCGCCACCGCAACAACAAUACAGUAGCUGAGAAACAGCUCUAACAACGAAAACGCUGUAAAAAGUACUGCUCUUUGGUGUUCGGAGAAGGGAAUUACAAGGAAAUCGAAAAUUACUAGCCGACCCAGCUUAACACUUAACUCGAGCGAUUCUACGCCGAAACUAGUCACAAACAUGGUUAAACCUCGCAAACGACGAUUCCAUUUCAUCGAAAGUGAUUCGGACAUACACUGAAUGAUUCCUUGAACUGUUUAGCCGGACAUUGGACUUUUUUGCACCUUAAAGAUGUGAAAACAUCAUGGUGUAUAAUUGUUUUUAUUGUACGCGGUUGUUAUGACCGAACGCACAAAGUCACUUGCAGGGUUUGAGUAAAAUUGUAUUUGCACUUGAAGUGUGCGCUUUGCUUCUGCAUGAUUAUGAUAAGCUAUCUCGUAUUUUUUCAUGUAAAUUAUUAAUACGUAAUCAAAUGAUUUUUCUCGUACAAUGUUGAAUAUAUAAGCACUUGUUCAUUUUUCAAAGACCACAAAUUGUAUUCGCCCUACGGGCUAGUGCAAUUUUGUUAGUCUUUGAAAAAAAUUUCAAGUGCUUAUUUAUUCCAAAUUGCACUGGAAAUCAUGUGAUUAUCUCUACAAAUUGCACGUGAAUGAUUCUCUAUUACCUAUAACAUAAUAAUUAUGCGAAAGCAAACAGCUUAUCACGUGCAAAACUGAUUCACUCAAAAUUUACAAAUGCUCUUGUGUUUCAGACAAAAGAGCAAUGUUCAUUAAAAAAAAAAAAGCGAUAUUCUAUUAUGUUUCUUUAUGGUCAUUAAUUUUGAUAUCAAAAGCCCGGAUAAAAAUUAUGUUGCCUCUUUUCGAAUUACCAAUUUUCUACUCUGUAUUUCUUUUCUAUGCAUUGUUUUAUGAAAAAAUGCAUUUCGCAAGUCAAUCAGUUGGAGGUAUUUUUUUCUUAUUCUUAUUGCGUAAAGCUUAACGUCCCUCGAUGUUAUGCCUAUCGAAUAAACUUUUAAGUUUAAAAACAAAUAACACUUUUAUCUUGUAGGUUGUUGUCUAACAAUGAAAUCGAUUAUCUUCCACCAAACAUAUUUCAAAACAUUUCCAUAGUGGGAUCCAUGUAAGUAAGAUUUAAUAUAAUGGCAGGCAAGGAAAGUAAAAUCGAGACAUCUUUACCACGAAUAAAUCCAUGAAGCUCCUAUAGUUUUUUUCUUUUUUUUGUCGUGGUGUACCUUCUGAAUGAUGUUUAACCAGGUAUGAUAGACUUUCCUGGGUUUUUCUUCACUUCCAAAAGGUUCACCUGUUCAUGGAUUUUUAUAAUGGUCAUGUAACGCUUUUGAGUGGUAUACCAUAGAAUAUCCCACGAGUUUUUGUAUUUUCUCGGUAUAUGCAUACCUCUCUGAUCUCCGUCGACCUUUCGAAUCUCUCGAAAAUAAAGUGAUAAUGGCAUAGUGGUCAUCCAAUUAGGCUGGGGGAAUUUCCGUCAGACCUCUUUCCUUUAAAAACGAGUUAGUUGUUGAUUUAAGUCGACAAACUUACUUCCAUCCGAACUCGUUUUCUUCACUGCUCUUAAGUUUCUUCGCCUUUCAGCGAAAAUAUCAACUUCUUGAUCAGUCAACUAUAUCUUUUUGGUUAAAUAUUUAUUUUUACUGAGUUUUCGACCUCAUGAAUUAACGUCCUGGGAAUAUUUGGCUCUGACACGGCUCAAACAACACCUAAAAUGAACUGGAAACGCCGCCACCGCUCGCUGAAUUUCGGCAGAAUAAGAUCAGAAAGGGCGGCUGCAAUACUGUCGAAUAUACAACUGAUUUCUUUUAUUCUGGUUCGUUGUAUUUUUAAUAGUAUGGUACCAACAGCUAUAGAAGUAAAUACUGUAGGUGCGUCUGUUUCUUAUCCCUAAUCUUAUCCAUGUUAUCUUCCUGAUAGUGACUUGUCAUUCAACAAAUUGCAGUCCAUACCAGAUGGCUUAUUCAAUAAGCUUGGAAAAUUACAAAUUCUGUGAGUAAAUAUUCAGCGCACUUUUCCCAAAUUUAUGAUGAAUUAAUUAUGUUGUUACCAGCAAUAUCCUGUUGGAGAAGGAACAUUGCUAUUUGCCCUCCUCCCUUAAAACCAGCCACAGAAAAACGCUUCAAGUAUUUUUAAAUUAACGCUGACUGCUUUCUGGGAGGUUGUUUAAUAAAAAACUUCGAUCUGAUGCCGCAAGCCAAAUUGCGACUUAUCAAAAAGUGAUAUUGAUAUUAUUACUAUUAUCCUCAUAACCAUUAUUAUUGUUAUUCAAAUGGUACAAUUGUUCACAAUGCUCUUUUUUAUAAAUCAAGGAUGAUUAGCUUCAACAACAUAUCCAACAUAAACAAUCAUACUUUUGAAGGACUUUCAAGCUUGGAGACGCUGUAAGCUGGUUUUUUGGUUUUUCAUGUCUGUAAUCCCUCCCUCCCUAAUUAACUCACUCGUUAAUCAAUAAAUCGCCUCUUGGUUUUUAUUUAUGUACUUAUUUCUUUAUUCAAUCAUAUUAUGUCUACAAUCCUUUCUUAAAUAGCUUUUGUGUUUAAUACUCUUAUUCAAUUUACAGGAUGCUGAUAAAGAACAAACUGACUUUUAUUUCCAACGGUGUUUUUGAUGAAACUGCUUUGCAAUCAGUGUAAGUACAUAUACGUUUCAGAAAGUUAACGUAUAUCCUGGAAUAUAUAUAAUAAGCCUAAAUAUUCAAGGAAACCAGUUAAAAGAAAAUAGAGGCUUCAUUGUAAAACACGCGGGGCAUGAUAUAUGGAUGACAACGUCUAUAUAUCAACAUGGUUUGACCACGUAAUCUCCGGGUUGAAUUAGUUGGAACUGAGGAAAAUUCAACCAUCCUAUAAACAUGAAUGUUUCAAUGCGUAACAUAGAUUGCGAGCGCUGACUCCUGUUUGUGUUAACAAUAUGACAAAUUUGACUUGUUUGAAUUUGUUUUGUUUUGUUUAGUUUUUUGUUAUCAUUUCUUCCUUUAUAUAGUUUCCUUCACAGUAAUGCCAUCAAAACGAUUGGAAGUGAAUCCUUCAGCAGACUUAAACUGAAACAAAUGUGAGUAAAUUGAAAAAUAAAGUGAAGUUUUAAACGCUACAAUGAAAUGUAUUAAUCAAGCUUACCAAUUUGGCUUCAAGGGGAUCAUUGAUCUGUGUUUACGGAAUUGUUGCCUUGUGAGACUUUAUUAAUCCUUUACACCCUUAGAGUGAAUAUUCUCCAAACUGUUUUCUAUACGUUUUGUAAGGUGCUGGUAAGGAGAAUCUGUUUAACAAUUAAGAGCUUCUUCGGUUGGCGAUCACCUCUAUUCUUCUCCCGACCUAAGUGUUUAAUUCAGGGAUGAUAUUGUUAGGAGAAAUUGGAUGCCAGUCACUCUAAGGGGUCAAAGGGUAAAUUUUGCACAAAAAACGGUAGCCACAUCAACCAUAUGGUAACAAAAAACAAAACGCCAUGUCUCUAUAAUUAUGUGUAGGCUUGAGUUAAUCAUUAACCUUAUUAUUGACAUUUUUUUCAGUACUAUCUUUGAUAAUCCUCUACACUCGUUACCAGAUGGAAUGUUCGACAAAAUGGACACCGAAACCAAAGUGUAAGUGAAUCCAAAGCACUCGUUUGAAUAUUUUAAAGAUGACUAUCGCCUUUCGAAAGACCACAUCUUGAUUUAACGAAGAUCGUCAAGGUUGUAGGAGAGAUUAAUAAGCUUUUAAAUCUAAGCUGACCUCAAUGUUGUUUUUUCAUCUGUUGAUUUUCUCAUAAGGAUAUGCGAUUGCGUAUUGGUUAACGCACCGGACUCAAAUUGAAUAGACUGGGUUCCAAACAAGCUAAGCGAGUUCAUUAUAUGAUGUUCUCGAGCGGGAGAUUCUACUCCAUAACUCUCCUUACACCUAUAAGAAUAAAUUUGCACGCGAAAAUUGGGCAAAUGGGGUUAAGGUCCUGGAGAAACUAUGGUGCUGCAUGUGUGAGGGUAGGCGGGGGGGAGGCGGGGGAGGGAAAGGGGGAGAAGGGGGGGGAGAAGGGGGGAGAAGGGGGGAGAGGGGGGGAAAAGGGGUCUUAUAAGAUAAUCUGAAAUCACUGCGGUAAGCUGACGUUGAGAGCGUUGGCCCAUCGGCAGAUGGAAUGCUCGUCCCUUUACAGUACAAAAACCGCGAUAAACGACCGCCGUUGGUGGGGACCACAGAUCUUAAGAGUUCGCUCCUGCAAUUAAAAUUAUCAUCAAAAUAAUCUACAGAUCAUUGACAUGUAAAAACCUUCUUCAGCUGCCGAAAGGACAGUAUCAGUCAGUAAUGUGAGUAAACCUAAUGUUGACGUUUUAAGAUGACUUAUUUCAUAUAUCAUAUCUUGGCAUCUGUACUAUUAGAUUCAUUGUUUCCAGACGAUACGCGCUUGAGUCAGGAGCCCAUAAUGGCUCCUGCUAAAGUCUACUGAAUUGAGUAUUUGUUAUAAUUAAAAUUUCAAUUGCUUUCAAUAUUUUGCUAUUUUCUUAAACUUAAGUGACUGUGCCCCCUCCACUACAUUCAAUAUACUUUUGACCGGAGAACAAUCUAGCUACAGUGAUGGCCUGGAAAGUUCAGGCUUUGAGUGCCAUUCCUGUGGGCCUCAUCCCAGUAGCUCCCGAUGUCGUAACUGCUCUCUUUGUCAAGUUGGUUAUUUCAUGCACGCCAAACAGAUGUGUGUCAAGUGUCCUGCAGGUGACAAAAGACAUUUAAAAUGCUUCAUGUCAUAGUUAAUUAAUUUUGGAACAACAACAACAUUACUAGAGAAAAUUCGAGCCGUUGUUAGUUACGUUCUUUUAAUAGAAGAGGUCUCAAGCUUGGUCACUCCAAGUGCUAGUAUCCUAACUUAAAUUUUCCCUCUAUCCCAUUAUCGUUUCCUUUGCUCUCGUUUUUAAAGUUUUCAUCCCUGCCUUCUUUUUUACAUUAGUUGGUUCAGCGUAUAAAGUGAGCUGAUGCCUGUAGGGCCACCGCCAAUAAGGCCAGUUUUCACUCAUAAUAGUUUUAUGUCGUUGCAUCCUUCUUACACAAUAUCUGGUGGCUACCGUUUCAUUUCCGUUUUGGUUUCAUUUCCGGUUUUACGCUACGUUGCGUGUCACGUGACAAUUUGCACGUGCUUUGACAUUUUGGAGAGAGUUUUACCUUCGUGUAGCUGUUUUGGUUCGCAGAACAGUUCUUUAACGUGAUCGUGAUUGUGAUCGUGAUUGCGUUAUUGCGAUUUCCCUUUUUCUUGUACGUUAUCUUGUAAAGGCGAAAGCUACAUAUCUUCACAGGUGGUUUUUAUCAGGAUGAAAUGGGACAAGUUGAUUGCAAAAGAUGCAGCAUUGGUACAUUUGUGUCUGAAACGCGACAUCCUGGGACAAGUCCUACGGACUGUGUGGCAUGUCCAUACGGUAACUGAUGUUUUGUCUCUGAGACACUCUUAAAAUUUUUCACCAUGAAAACUUCUCCCUGCAUGACAUUCCAUGUGUGGUUCAUAGCAUUGCAGAGAAAAGAAAAAAACUUUUCUUCUCAAUCCAAAACGGAAACGGCUGGCAAAUUAAUUUCUCGCCAGUUUGAGUACCGCUGGACGCCAUUUUGCGUCCAGAAGUAGAACCUAUCCUUGGAGCUAAUUCCUAACUAACUGUAAGCGGUUUGAUGAGUUGAAUUUAUUUUUAAGGUUGGUUUUGCGCCUUUGUACCAAAUAAUGUGAAUAAACUAUUUAUCUAAAUUGCAGGUACUCUCUCCAACGAGACUGCGGAAUAUCGAGCAUGCAGAUGCCUUCAAAACUUUUAUCGGUUGGAUCGUUUUGGUCCGUGCUCAGCAUGUCCACCACACGGUUUUGUUUGUGAGAAUGAUACAGCAAUACUUGCUCCUAACUUCUUCUGGAAAUGGUCAAAUCAGUCUGAAAAAGAAUUCUUUAAAGGUUUUGUUAAUAACAUCCACUCUUCUAAACAAGACUACGACAAGUUAUAUUCUACGUUUAAUACUUUACUUCCAAACCCACUCAAAUGUCCUUAUGCCAGGUCUUGCGAGGGUGGAAUCGACUCUAAAUGCCAUCAUGGAUAUAAAGGAGUUCUGUGUGCAACCUGCUCUAACGGCUUUUAUUUCCGAUUUCACGCUUGCUUGAAAUGUCCACGGUUAACUAUAACAGUUACUUCGUCCAUCUUGGUAAUUGCUCUUUUUGUUGCUGUGUUUCUAAUGGUUCUUUGGGGUGACUCCAAACGUGCAGAGAAUAACCGGACGGUUGCAGAUGUCGUCAUGUCGUGCUUUAAGAUUGUGAUUGGUUUUUACCAAGUCAUUGCUGGAAUUUUCUCGGCAUUAGCGAAAGUCCAGUGGCCAGUCAUUUUGAUCUCAACGGAGAAGGUUCUAAAAGUGUUUGAAGGGAACAUCUUGCAGUUUGCGCCACUAAGCUGCAUUCAUUCUUCCCUGCGUCUCGAUGAGCUCGGAAAGUUCACAGUGAUCGUUGCUUUAAAUGUCCUACUUGUCGGCUUGAUUUUCCUUUAUCUUUUCGUUAAAAGACGCUACAUUAUAAACAAAACUGACAGUACGGAAAGCCAAAAAAUGAGGGAAGUUAAGAGUUUGAAGAAAUCUUGCUAUCGGAACAUUUUCCUAUUGUUGUUAACGACUUACCCCACGACGAGCAAGUCGAUUAUUCAAAUUCUACCUCUUCCCGGUGCGUGUGUAGAAACGUGUUUCUCAAACGAAAAGCUCGACUGUAUCUUCCUUCUGAGAGCUGACUACUCUAUCCAGUGUUUCACUCCUCGCCACAGCUUGUAUUGGCUCAUGGCCUCUAUUCUGGCAUUAUAUCCCGUAGGAUUUCCACUUUUGGCUUUGUUUCUCACUUACAAAUAUCGGGAGUCCCAUGAAAACGAAACAGUCUCUUUCGGGCUCAGAGUGUUCUUUGAAAACUACAAGAAGAAAUUUUGGUUUUGGGAGAUCAUAGAGAUGUACCGCAAACUGAUAUUGAUCUCAUUGAUUUUCCUAUUUGGAUCUAAAAGCCUUCCUCAAAUCGGUCUCACAGUUCUGACAGUCAGCGUCUUUGGAGUGCUCUACACCGUAUUCCGACCAAUCAAGGACAAGUUUGAAGACCGCUUACAAACAUUUGUUCUUUGGAUAAUUUUCUUUGACGUUUGUCUUGGUGCAGUUUACACAAACCGGGAUGAGAGUCAAGGAGGGGACAAGAACGACUCCAUCUUUGUAAAUGUCCUGUUCGUGGUCCUUAACGCCUCUAUAUUGUUAUUUGCCAUUGGUAAGUCAUAGCGCUGCUCUUUACGUUUUAUCGAUCAAUUUAACUUUACAUUCACAUAUAUUAAAAGUGCAAAUAGCAAUUACCGGGAAGUUUUAAGGAAUUCGAAGUGGGAUGUCUAAAUGUCGCGUCUGUGCAAUUGAACAUCAUAUGUUGUGUAUAUUUAGGCAUUUCCACUUUGCUUUUUCAUAUUGCUUCAUAUUUUGUCAUUCCGUUCUUAGUUAUGUUAUCACCGAAAACUAAGUGUUUUUGUAUUCUUAGAGCAAUUACUUCGGAGAAAAUCUUGCAUGUUAUUGUAUAAAAGCAAUUAAUGCAAUAUAGCUGGCACUCUUCGGUAGAAAGCUUUGCAGUUAUCGUUCGUCAUACAACCUAAUUGGAUUAGUGAAUAAUAUUAGUUGCUCAGAUCACUAAGUUUUCCUCAGUUAUUCAAGCAGCCAGCACGAAAACUGUCCAUAUAUAUCUUGCUUGAGAGUCAUGCCUUAUCAAAUACCAAGAAAACGCCUCAGUGAAUAUAAUAAGCUUCUAUUUUAUACAUACUGAGAUUAACACUGUGAAGUACUAUUGUUCGUGUCUCUGAUUGGACGAAAGAUGUAUUUUCACAAUCGUUCACUUCCCUUCUUUGAAAUGGGUCGGUCAUUAAGAAAAAAUGAUGAGAAUACACUCCCUCCCAUAGCCUUAGACAAGUCAAGAAGAAUUGUUCUUAAAAAAAGUCAGAAUGCGAGUUAUUGGGAAAUUUUGGUUAACCCUAACCCUAAGAGGUUUCUCGUUAGCACGUUAUACAAAAAUACAAAUGUCAUUGAAAAAUUGAUAAUUAUGCUAUUCUGUUCUUAUCUUUUACUGCGUCAGGAAAGGGAAUAUCACAUGUGAAGUUAUUUCGCAAGUACUUUUCCUUCUGCCCGAUGAGAUGUUUCAAUUUCCUUCGCCAAGGACUGGCGCCUCUUAAGAAUAAAGCGGUCACCACAACACCUGAAGAAUCAUUCUUGAUCUAG